AUGUGGAUUCAAACAAAAAGUAAUGGAUCUAAGAAAAUCAAAAUAACCAGUGCAUCUUCGCAGAGCACCAUUCUAACGAGGUUGCUCACGGAAGCUUCCGCGUACAUACCCACACGAACCCACUUCCUCUUCACUGUAACAAAUUCAUACUCCCUCGAUCUCCUCUGUAAACCAACAAACACCAUAAACCCACCUCAUCCUAAACUCAAAUCCGCCAUCACCGCUUCUUCGACUCUCUCCGUUCCCAAGAAGACGAAAGGCCGUGGUUUCCGUCAGGAUUCUGAUUCCGCCGCUAACCGUAACUCGCAUCUCACUGGUUCUGGUUUUGAUACUCUCACCGCCGAGGGCGGUCCUGGACCUCAGAGAUCCAUUGAAGGAUGGAUUAUUUUGGUGACCGGUGUGCACGAGGAAGCUUUGAUGACAGUGCAACAGUAG